UCAUCCUUCUCGCAGGUCGGGUGGGAGCGCUUCCUUGUCAAGAUGGCGGCUCCCUUGACUCUACUUUUGAUUGUAGCCGUCACAAUCCGUGCGGCUCUUAACAGAUCCAGUCUAGCGGAGCGGAUCGCGGAGAGGGUGGAGGUGGUGUCUCCGAUCACCGCCUGGAAGAGAGUUAUUGAAGGUUUAGCCCUGCUUGACCUGGGAGUUUCACCAUAUUCUGGAGAUGUUUUCCAUGAGACUCCUCUCAUCAUUUACAUCUCUCACUUUUUGGUGGAUUAUGCAGAAAUCACGUUUAUGCUGGCAGACGUGAUCACAGCAGUGGCUCUUUACAUGACAGUGAAGGACUAUAACAAGCAAGUGUUCAGAAAACAGAAGUUUUCCCUGGAGGCGGACCGCUACCCAGCAGACUGUCGGGAGCUAAUCAGAAGCCCCAAAGAAAUGUACUACAUCCCUCUGAAAGUAGCCAUGUUUUACCUGUUGAACCCGUUCACCAUCUUGUCCUGCGUUGCCAAGUCAACCUGCGGCCUGAACAACGCCAUUAUCGCCCUCUUUGUCCUCACAACAAUAAAAGGAAACGUGCUCCUGAGCGCCAUCUUUCUGUGCUUGGCCACCUAUCAGUCCAUCUACCCUCUCACGUUGUGUGUUCCAGCCAUGCUGUAUUUGAUGCAGCAUCAGUACAUCCCGGUGAACUUCCGGCGGGCCAGCUUCUGGUGGUUUGUGGCGCAGUACCUCUUCAUGUACCUCGGCAGUUUGUUUGUCAUUGUCUGUCUCUCCUUCUUCCUGCUCGGAUCGUGGGACUACCUGCCCUCCGUCUACGGCUUCAUUCUUUCAGUUCCCGACCUGACCCCAAACAUCGGCCUCUUCUGGUACUUCUUCGCUGAGAUGUUUGAGCAUUUCCGCCUCUUCUUCCUCUGUGUCUUCCAGAUCAACGUCUUCUUCUACACCAUCCCUCUGUGCAUUAAACUCAAGGAUCAUCCAGUGUUCCUGAUCUUCAUGCAGUUGGCUGUGAUCUCCAUCUUUAAGUCUUAUCCCACUGUGGGCGACACAGCCCUCUACCUGGCCUUCCUUCCUGCCUGGAGUCACCUGCACAGAUUCUUGAGGAACAUCUUCCUGGUGUCCUGCGUCCUGCUGGCCUGUUCAGCUUUGUUCCCGGUUUUGUGGCACCUCUGGAUCUACGCUGGAAGCGCCAACUCCAACUUCUACUACGCCAUAACUUUGCUCUUCAACGUAUCGCAGAUCCUGCUGGUGUCGGAUUACUUCUAUGCCUUCCUGAGGAGGGAGCACCACCUCACCAAUGGGCUGUAUCUGAAGAAGAAGGACGGCUCGGAGGCCACGCUGGUGCUGAAAUAAAACUCGCCGGUUCAGCUUCUGCGGAGGAAGAACUGUUCAACAUCUCCUGAAAGCCUGAGAACAAACUGAGGAGGAGAACGAUCUAGAAGGCAGCUCUGCUUCCUCAGAUGGAACAAACUCAUACGUGAACAUUAGAGCAGCUGUGUUUAAUGUUGCUGAUGGUGGUGGGAUGUGAACACGUGACUCCUCUGAACCAUCUGUCACCUGGAACUCAGACCAUCUCACCAGGCUUUUCCUCCUCCUAUCACGGAUUUCUGAGGAGGGAUUAUUGGGGCAGUUUAUCCUCCAGUCUUCAUACAGAGGAACUCGUUCUGUGGGAGGCUUUUAUUUUGAAGUUUUGCUCCUCUUUAAACAUUAAAAAUAUAGGAAAAUGUGUGAAUGUCCAAAAAUAUUGGUAAUAACUGAAUUCAGCUCGCCGCCAUUAUUUUUUCUCUUGUGUUUACUUGAUAACAGUUGUGUUAAAACUGGGUUUUUUUGGGGUUUUUUGCUUUAAACAAAAUGAUAGGAAUUACUUCAAAGUUGCAAGUAGAGAAGCAGCAAUCAGGCCUUUCCUGACUGAUACCCGCAGUGUUUCAUUAUUUGACCUGCUGAUUGCCGAUCCAGAGAAAAUGUGACCGAUCUCAAUCUUUCUCUGAAUAAUAGGUGCAUCUCUAAGCUUCAUUGCUGUUUUUCUUCCUCGUCUCCAGGUUCAAGCUUAUCGUUGUUGGAUCUCAUCACGAGUUAAAGGCUGUGGUUUUGCAUGGUUCACAUGGUUCCUGUCUGCACAGGCGCUGCAACACUGCUGCUGUCAGACCUGUUCCCUCAUUGAUGGCCCCUAUUUUUAAAACGCUGGAACAGCGAGAACAGGAAAAAAAAACACCAAGUUAAGUGUUUAAACCUAAAUACUGACGGGUCGGAUCAGACCCAUACUGUCAGAUUUAUGCUAUUAUGAACCCAGCUGGAGUUUUUCUGCUGUGUUAUUUUGUUUUCCAACCCAACAAAUGUAUGAUAAAUGGGUGAAAUUUUCCUUAAAGCUCUUUAUGGACAUGUAAUCAGCAACCCUAGCAUUUAAACAUUUAACCCUUUUAUAUGCAUGCAUGACGAGCCUAAUCAUGAACUGGUACUACUAUGAAUUUCUGAGGAACAUCCUGUUAUUGCUUCCUCUUGAGUUGCAUAAACAUAAAAUACCAAUCUGUAAGUUUACAUCGAGACCAUGGUUAUUUAGCUUAGACUGAAGACCAGGAAGCCAGAAGGUUUGGACAGUACCUUGGUACCGACUGAUAGAUGGGUAGGGUUUAACUGUUAGGUGACAUAUUUUUUUUACCCUCUUUGCACCAUUAAACUGAAGCCAAGAGUCUUUAGAUCCAAAACAGACAUGAGAACAUUGGUAGAAACCUCUGACUCUCCUCCAGAAAGAAGAAGACAAACUUUCCACUUCAUCGUCAAUUCUCAAACUACUAAUAUUGUGUGCUGCAUUUAACACAGGUUGACCAUUUAUUUCAGCUGUAAGAAGGUUUUUAUAUUUACUAUGAACAAGUAUUGAGGUAAUACAGUCAUUAUUUUGCUCUCAGCUCAAGUUUUAGUCUUAGGUGACUUCUCAUUUUUCUGGAAUCCAAACUAAUGUUAUCAGUAAAUCCUUUCCUUAAGCAAGAUUGUUUAAAUGUUUAAAGGCUGACUGAAAAAGACUCAUAGUUACUGAAAUUCACAACUUAUAGGAGAGAUUUUCUUAACAUCUUCAUUUUUUUAUCUGUUUUAUGAUAUGUAGGAGAUGCCAAAAUUCAUUACCAAAACUGUAACCUUUGGUUUUUAUUUUCUCAUCUCAGAGUCAAAAGUAAAAAGGAUUCUUAUCUAAAUCUGUCUGGACAGAAGGUCAUCCAGAUGUUUUUAUUCAGGAAAAAAUCAGAUUUUAUUUUAUUUUUUUGCUGCACUGAAACCUUUACAGAAAUGUUAUUUUUCUUCCCACAUUGUAUGUGCUUUUAUUUUGACAUUUAAGUUCAGUUUGGUAUUUUGAUGAAUGAGUGAAACUUUCACAUAUUGCAUCAUUAAAACCUGAGCUGUUGGUUUUAA